UCGAGUCCGGCAGUCUACAAUCAGCGGACUAUCCAAGCAGUCAUCGUUCCGUUCCCCAGCCAAGUGAUUCCGCGGUUCUCCGGUACUGCUAUUCUCGAUUCCCGGUUCUCUAUAAAGCGAGCAGACCGAUCCCCAGCGAACCCAGACGCGUGCCAUAGUCCGCGAGUUAAGGUCCUCCCGUGUCCAGUUCUCUGAUAUCCUCUAAUACCCACCAAAUAUCCAAGAUGAGCCACCACUGGGGUUACACCGAGGAGAACGGACCUGCCCACUGGGCCAAGGACUACCCCCAGGCAUCGGGACAUCGCCAGUCCCCCGUUGAUAUCACCCCCUCCAGCGCCAAGAAGGGCAGCGAGUUGAAGGUAGCCCCCCUCAAGUGGAAGUAUGUGCCGGAUCACACCAAAAGCCUGGUCAAUCCUGGCUACUGCUGGCGGGUGGAUGUGAAUGGCAACGAGUCCGAACUCACUGGCGGACCAUUGGGCGAUCAGAUCUUCAAGCUGGAGCAAUUCCACUGUCAUUGGGGUUGCACAGACUCCAAGGGCUCUGAGCACACCGUCGACGGAGUGUCGUACGCCGGAGAGCUCCACCUGGUGCACUGGAACACCACCAAAUACAAGACUUUCGGAGAGGCUGCUGCCGCUCCCGACGGCUUAGCAGUGCUGGGAGUAUUCCUGCAGGCCGGAAACCAUCAUGCUGAGUUGGACAAAGUUAGCAGCCUGCUGCAGUUUGUCCUUCACAAGGGAGAUCGUGUGACUCUGCCCGGCGGCUGCGAUCCUAGCAAACUGCUUCCCGACGUGCAUACCUACUGGACAUACGAGGGUUCCCUGACCACGCCCCCAUGCUCGGAGUCGGUCAUUUGGAUCGUGUUCAAGACCCCCAUCGAGGUAUCCGAUGACCAGCUGAAUGCCAUGCGCAACCUCAAUGCCUACGACGUGAAGGAGGAGUGCCCAUGCAACGAAUUCAACGGCAAGGUCAUCAACAACUUCCGUCCCCCGUUGCCGCUGGGAAAGCGUGAGCUGCGCGAGAUCGGUGGUCAUUAAGUUCCUUGGAAUCAGUCGUUUCAAAUGGGAUGGUCUUAUAGAUUCGAGUCGCUCGUUUAGCUGUUUGCACCCACACAUCACAUCCCCCAACAAACAGUGUACCUGUAUGGUACUACGCCUCGACCUGGACCUGCAUAUCCCACUGUUAAAACUUCGUAUUUAGAUCGUACUACCCCCAGAAAGCAUACCUACUUUAUGCGCAUUCGCAUCCUUAUUCACAUCUGUUUAUGUCUAGCUUUAAAUAUAAACUUAUUUGUAAAUGUACGCCUGUUGGAUUGUUUGUUCGUUAAACGUUUGCAAAAUGACAAUUAGUAUAUAUUAUUAUGGUAUUAAAAACUAAAUAUAACACGCUUAGAUGUUGCAUAUGA